GUUUCAUUUCGUGUUUGAGAGACAUAUGUAUCUAUAUGUAUAUGGCAUCAAAAUAAUAUUUCACGCGUAGAUAUUCUUGAAAAAUAACUUUAUUCUAGGUUGUGUAUACUAAUGUGCCUAUUGUUUGACCGAAUAAAUAAAUAUUACAGGCCGCGGAACUGAAAAUAUGAAGGGAUAUCACGAAGUAUAUUUGUAAGGUUUGGUUAAGAUGACGUUCUGGCACCGCUGACAUCGAAUGUAUUUUUCUUAACAUCAAUCCUAGCACUUUCAUAACAACAAAGUAAAUUAUCACAAAGUGCUGAUGGCUAAUCAUUACGAAGUACCCAAUUGGGCUGGGAAACCACCAGUUGGACUACAUUUAGAUGUACUGAAAAAUGACAAGCUAAUUCAGAAAUUGAUGGUUGAUGAGAAGAAAUGUUACCUAUUUGGACGUAAUCAACAAUUAAAUGACUUUUGUAUAGAUCACGCUUCCUGUUCCCGUGUUCAUGCUGCUCUUGUUUAUCACAAACAUCUAAAUCGUGCAUUCCUUGUCGACUUGGGUAGCACACAUGGAACAUUUAUUGGUAAUCUCCGUUUGGAGCAACACAAACCCACACAGUUACCAAUUGAUAGUACAUUUCAUUUUGGCGCUUCUACUCGGUAUUACAUAAUUAGAGAAAGACCGCAAACGGGUACAAGGCCCAUUAUCGAGGAGUUGGAGAAACUGUCGGAAGAUGCAGAUACCGGUGGUUUGUUGGGCUUACCCGAAACGGAGACAGAACUUGAUAAUUUAACAGAAUUUAACACGGCGCACAAUAGGCGAAUAUCUAUGCUAGGUAUAACAGACGAUGAAAUACAUAAACCAACUAGAAAACGGAAAAAGAAGGGAAUUACUUUCAACGAUGACGAGGAAGUAAUAAAUCCGGAAGAUGUUGACCCAUCGGUCGGAAGAUUUCGUAAUCUUGUUCAAACGACCGUCGUUCCUAGUAAGAGAAUGCGUAUGGAGGGAGGUUUGAUAUCGCUCUCGGAAGAUCACAAUCCUUUAAAACAUCUACAAUCUACGAUAACUGCUCCUCAGUUGUACCAAGAUUUACCACCGGAACAAUUCACGCCGUCGUCGCUAUCUCUUAAUCCAUUUUCUAGUGCAUUAUCCUCGCUGUCGUCUCGACUAGGUAUCGCGUUACCAAAUCCAGCACCCGAGGUAGAGAUGACACCGAACCAAAUACAAGCAGAAACACCUCAUGUGCCGGAGUUACCUGGUCCUACCGAUACGCGAACGAUGGAACCAAAAAAGAAAAAAUACGCCAAAGAGGCCUGGCCUGGGAAAAAGCCCAUACCGACGCUUUUGGUGUAAUUACAGUGUUAAGGAAUUUAUUUUUCUGUUGUUUGAAACGUUAAGUAACACAAAGAUCUUGUGCAUAAAUCAUAUAAGUGUCAGGAUGAUAUUUAGUCGAUAUUAAUUUCGUCAAUAUAUAAAACUUCAGUCGCAUUUAUCUGUAAGUAUAUUAUUUUUUCACACGAUAAUUCAUCCUGAAGAAUAUAUUUUUAAUUUUCGACAACUUAAAUCAUUUGUAAUUACGUUGGAAAAAGCGAAAUUGUAAUUAAAACUAUCUGUAAGAUAAGAAAUACGAAUAAAUAGAAAUUUAUCUUAUUUUAAUAUUAAGGGAAGUAUAAAAUGAAACAAAGGAUGCUUUAAUUUGUUUUUGCUUCAUGAUUAUUUUCAUCGAUUACCUUCGGAUAUUCUUGACAGCUUUACAACUUGAAAAAAUAAAUUAUCUUGAGUUUA